AGCUGGCCCGGGCGGGCGCCAGGGCGGUCCGCGCGCGCCGCCCGGGGCGGGCCAUGGCGGGAUGCCGCCGCGCUCCUCUUCGGCGCUCGGCGGCGGCACGCUCGCCAGGGUGCCGCUCGCGCCCAGGGAGCCCGCCCUCGCCGCGCACGGCAAGAGCCUGCGCCCUGCCAGCCGACAGGGCGCCCGUGCCCCGCGCCCGGCCAGCCGGCAGAGCCGAGGAGGCUGGCGAGCGGGCGAGGCUCUUCCUGACGCGCGCGCUGGCAGCGCUGGAGGUGCCCGCCCUGGCUUGCUGCCCAGGCCGUUCCUGCAGGAUGUCCCCUCGCUCGGCCGCGCGGCCCGUGCCGGUGGCGAGCCAGGCGCGCCCGUGGCUACGCCAGCGAUUACCCCCGAUGUGCCGCACGAGUUCUUGUGCCCGAUAUCUCAGGAGAUCAUGCGUGAUGCUGUCAGCACGUGUGACGGCCACACGUACGAGCGUCGCAGCAUCGAGGAGUGGCUUGAGGAACGAACGACCUCCCCCGUCACGGGCUUGCCGCUAGCCAACAACGGGUUGAUCCCGAAUCACAACCUCAGGAAACUGAUCCGCGACUCCGGGUUGCUCCCCGCGCCCGACCCUUGCGCUGCGCUGGCCAGCCUGGGUUGGCUGUCUGGUGGCGCUGGUUCAGUGCGCUUCCGGCGCGAGGUCUGCUGGGAAUUGGUCGUGCCCCGCGACGCUGCCACGUGCCUGGCUUAG